GGCGGCGGCGGCGCGGCGGGGGACGGCGCUAGCGGCGGCGGCGGCGGCCGGUGGCGGAGGAGGAGGAUGCUGAAGAGCUGCGGGAGGAAGCUGCUCCUGUCCCUCGUGGGCUCCAUGUUCACCUGCCUCCUGGUGCUCAUGGUGGAGCCGCCGGGGCGGCCGGGGCUGGCGCUGGGCGCGGGCGGCGGGGCGCAGCGGGCGCUGCAGAGCCUGGGGGCGGCGGGCGGGGGCCCGGGGCAGGGCCCCCCGGCGCUCCGCAGCUUCGCCGACUACUUCGGGCGGCUGAGCCGCGCCCGGCGGGAGGUGCCCCCCGCCCCGGCCAGCCCCCCGCGGCCGCCCGCCGAGGACAUCUCCGCCCGCGACGUCUUCAUCGCCGUGAAGACCACCAAGAAGUUCCACAAGGCGCGGCUGGAGCUGCUGCUCGACACCUGGAUCUCCCGCAACCGCGACAUGACGUUCAUCUUCACGGACGGCGAGGAUGAGGAGCUGAAGAAGCAAGCACGAAACGUCAUCAACACCAACUGCUCGGCCGCCCACAGCCGCCAGGCCCUGUCCUGCAAGAUGGCCGUGGAGUACGACAAGUUCAUCGAGUCCGGCAAAAAGUGGUUCUGCCACGUGGACGACGACAACUACGUGAACGUCCGCACGCUGGUCAAGCUGCUCUCCAGCUACCCCCACACGCAGGACAUCUACAUCGGGAAGCCCAGCCUGGACCGGCCCAUACAGGCCACCGAGCGGAUCAGCGAAAACAAGAUGCAUCCGGUGCAUUUCUGGUUUGCCACGGGAGGAGCGGGGUUUUGUAUAAGCCGGGGGCUGGCGCUGAAGAUGAGCCCGUGGGCCAGUGGUGGCCACUUCAUGAGCACCGCGGAGAAGAUCCGCCUGCCCGACGACUGCACCAUCGGCUACAUCAUCGAGUCUGUGCUUGGGGUGAAGCUCAUCCGGAGCAACCUCUUCCACUCGCACCUGGAGAACCUCCACCAGGUGCCCAAGACGGAGAUCCACAAGCAGGUGACACUAAGCUACGGCAUGUUUGAGAACAAGCGCAACUCCAUCCACAUGAAGGGAGCGUUCUCCGUGGAGGAGGAUCCCUCCAGGUUUCGCUCCGUGCACUGCCUGCUGUACCCGGACACGCCGUGGUGCCCCGCCAACGUCGCUUACUAGGGAGACGCGUGUCCCCUCUAACCUCGUCCCAAGUUUCCCCGGUAUCCGAAGGGCUUGUGGGACCGGCGUGCGCGUGCGCGUCCUCCCGGGCCGCGAGGCGGAGGGAGGUUAUUGCUGUGGUAUUGCACAGUGUGUGUGUACUGAAGGCUGCUGUGCGGCCCCCGUCCCCCCGCCAGUGCCCCCCGCCUCCUCCACGGCCGGGGGGGCAGGGGGGACAGGUCUGAGCACUUACACAUUCGGCGCAGGGGCCGUUCCCACGCAGGGUGUGGGGAGCGAGGCCAGGCGCUGCCCGCCUCUGCCCGACCUCGGCUUGCUUGUUCUUCCUUUUGGAUGGUUUUGGUUUGUUUUUUUUUGGUUUUUUUGUCUUUCGACCCUCGGCUCUGACCCGCUCCCUUUCUCGUUCCCGCGUGCCGCUCACCUGCCCGCUCUCCUCCUCCUCCCCGACAUCUCAGCAGCCGGGCUCCGCUUUCGGAUGCGGGCUCGUGGGCGAGCUCCGCGCCUGCCUUCGGCUGCGUCCCGGCGCAGGGGACGGGCAGGAGGUGCCGGGGAGGCCGGGGGCUUCGGAGCCGCUGCACCGAAGGGAGCCCGCGGGGCGCGGGGGGGGCCCGGGGCUGCCGUUAGCUCCGUGUGCUGGAGCUCCCGACAUCGCGCUGGAAUAUUUCCAGCAGCGUAAAUCUAUGCACUAUUUAUAGAGACUAAUUUAAAGACUUUCUAUAAAUACGGGGGGGUUGGGGGGGGGAGAGGGCUGUUUGGAGAGAUGCAUUUGUGCUGCGUUUGCGCAGCGCCCAAGCGUCUCCCUUCGGUGCAGCAUCCCGGCCUCCCGCCCGGCUCGGUCCUGCCCUGCCAGGCAGCCCGCGAGCAAAACCCGCGCGGGAAACGCUGCCCCGGCGCAUCGCUGUGCCGGGGGCCGGGGAAGGACUUGUCCGGGUGCUGAGGUCCGCGGGAAGGGCGAGGGAGCGGCUGUGCACCCGCGGGACCCCGGCACCCCGUCCCUGCCGCGGCGCUGGGGCUCUGCGGGGCCGAGUGGGCAGGCAGAGCUGGACGUUUCCAACCCGAAGCUGAGUGAAAAUAGCCCAUAAUGGGUGCGUUGUACAUAUCUUAUUGCGCCAGUAUUUUUUUACUGUGCCUUUUUUUUUAAAAGAAAAAAAGAGGAAAAAAAAAAGACACGUUGCGAAUUAUGUAGAUUUUAAAAUGCUUUUUAUACGUUUUCUGUGGAUCGGAAAAAGAAAAAAAGAAAAAACAACCUUCUGAUAAUCUGUUUAAAAAGAAAUUGCAAUGUCUUGUAACUAUCACUUACCUUAAUUUAUAUGUUCCAGUA